AGAAAAACGAAGAAGCCAAAUUUCUGUGGAAAGUAUGGGUGUUUCUUCAGCCUUCUUUUCUGCCAGGGUGGUGAAGUGAGAGAACAAGAGAAAGACUGAAAGUGCAACUAAAACCUUCUUCACAUGAUGAGAAGGUUGAGAAGGCCUCUUGUAUCUUUUGAAAACACUCACUAAUACUUGCAAUAAAAGCUUGAGGUGAUCAUGGCGUCAAGCUCAGCGACAUUUUUCAGCGAGUCAAACAAGAAAGGUGAAGUAAGCGAAUUAAAGAAAAGUUUACAGUCACCAGAAGUGCAAAAAGAUGCUGCACGGUAUAAGAAAGUGAUUCAGAAGGUGAUAUCAUGCAUGACUCUGGGAAUGGAUUUAUCCUCUCUCUUCAUGGAUAUGAUUAAGGUAACAACAAUACUAUUGUUUCAUUUUUUAAAACACAGAGACCCUGUCUGAGGUAGAGUGGAUCUUGAAAACCUAGAAUUUCCUUUUUGUUUUUCUUUUCACUGGCUUUGACUUUGAAUGGUUUUUCUCAGAAAAUACCCAUACCUCUGCCACAGAGGCUUACUUCACUUAUCUUUUUUGCAAACCAAAAAAAAUACCUGCUAUGCAGUACACGAACAGCAGUGGGAUUAUUUUUCUUUUUUCUGUCUCUUUUUUUCCUUUUCACUAUUUUUUAUGAUUUUGCUCUUACAAACAUGAAAGAAGAGGCCACACAUGGUAUAGUAUGGCAGAGGGGCCUGGGUUGAGUAAACCUCUCACAUGCUCCACCCCCCGAGGAAUAACCUGCCUGAUGUUUCAAUCUGUUCUUGCCUAAAGUUUUUGUUCCCUUUAGGGAUCAGGUUUCUCUCUUUUCCUCAAGAGAAAAAUUGACAGCUUGCAGUCUACCUAGAGAGUAUUGCCUUGAUAUAAUAACCAAUCCUCUUCAAGACUUGACAAAGAGGUGUAUAUAUCAACAGCUAGAGGGUAGAAUUAUUUAUCAGUUCCUCUUUAAAAAAAGAUGUAGUGAGUUGAAGGGGUACACUAAAAUUCUAUUUUGAUAUCUGAAUAAAUUGUUUUGUUUUGGUUUCCUCAGGCUGGAGCUACACAUGAUCUUGUCCAGAAGAAGCUGGUGUAUCUGUACAUAUGUAGUUAUGCACAAUCUAACCCUGAACUAGCUUUGUUGACCAUGAACACCUUGCGGAAAGAUUCUCAAGACAGCAGUGCUAUGGUCAGAGGUCUUGCUCUGAGAAGCAUGUGUUCAUUAAGGUUAAUAACCAAUUGAUUGUAGAAGUACUGAGUACUCAGUGUCAUGAUACAAUUUCAUGAAAUUUUUUACCCCUCUAAACAUUAGAGCCAGGUGUCUGUGAUCUUGGAUUCUGCAGAACCUCUAGUCAGAGUGUAUGAUUAAUUCCUUUCAAAUCUGCUCCUGGUUAUUGGGCUUGGAUGAUAAAUAUAGAUUAAUGCAAGGACCACAGAGUCCCAGGUGACUGAACAAGGUCCAUUGUGGCAAAACCUAUCACCUCUCUGACUAAUUCCCAGUCUUUAAUCUUUUGUGUUGAUUUAUUUAUUGCUGCUGUUUCUUAUAGGUUGCCUGAUCUUGUGGAGUACAUUGUAGAGCCUCUUCUAACUGGUCUAGGAGAUAAAAGUUCUUAUGUUCGCCGAUGUGCAGUCAUGGGAUGUGUGAAAUUAUACCAUCUUAUUCCUGACUUUGUUGAAGGUAUGUAAGAGAAAUCUGUUGACCAAGUGUAUUAAUUAUUCCCUUCUUUUAAUGGAUAUCUUAUUAGUACUUUAUUAGUAACUCUCCAUUAAUAAUAAUGGGGAGAAUAAUGACAAAGACCAUUCAUUGGUUAAUCAGUGGUGUGUUUAAUUUCAAUUAGUAUUUGUUGAUGUAUUUCAUCAAAACAGAUAAUGGAAUCAUAGACAAACUUUGCCAACUAUUGACUGACUCAGACCCUCAGGUACGUACAUCAUGCAUACAGUUAAUACUCAAUAAUAAUUAUUUAAGUCAGGUAGCCAACAGUUUUGAUGUGUUGCAAUUCCAUCUGAAAUAUACCAUCUACUUCAAAAUUAACAAUCAUGAGUAUCUUCAUAAAUUUUGAUCAUUGUACAUGUAAUUUUGAUACACCUGUUCUGUAUGUGAGUUAAAAGCCUCUGAGCAAAAUUUGUCCAGCAGGUCAGCUUUGAUGGGGUAAGAUUUUUUUUAUGUUUGUUUGUAUCUUUAGGUAGUUUGCAAUGCUAUUUCAGCUUUGGAUGAAAUCCUUGCUGCUGAAGGUGGAAUGCAAGUUAAUAAAAAACUUGCUCAUUACUUGCUUAAGAGGUAAAAGAAUGAUCUAAUGAGAUAGAAAUAUGUUAUGAUUUAACAUUCAUAUUGACUGUUAAAGGUGAUUUAAAAUUUAAAAGGGUUUAUUUAGUCAAGCCUUAUAUAACUAUCUUCUACUGACAAAUUAAAGUCUCCUUGUGUUUCACAAGAAGGGACAAGACAAUUUGAAGAAGAAUAUAACACUCUGUCAGAAGUCACAUGAGGCAUUUUUUUUAUGCACCCCUUGAUUUAUCUUUAGUUAGUUACUGAUCUUAAAAAUAAGAGGGCUUUUGGAAUGGGUUACAUUAAUUUUACUUAUUUACAUUGAGGGUGAAAUAAAUUAUUACUGGUAGCAUGAUAGUUUACAGCCUCUGGAAACAUCUGUUAUGGAUGUUGAGGAAUUACUUGUAGUAGUGUGUGUCAAUGAUCUAUUAAUCAUUGUGUUUUAUGUUAUUGACCAGAUUAAAAUCCUUCAGUGGAUGGGGGCAGAGUUUGGUUGUGGAACUAAUGAAGCGUUAUAAACUAUGUGACACAGAUGAAAUGUUUGAAAUAAUGGUCAGUAAAAGUGAAAGUAUAAAUUAUUAUCUUUCCAAUGUUUUGAUUACAUUUGAGGUACUCUAGAUGGCUGUUUUACAUCAUUUUGUUUAAGGCAAAAAACUGAGAAAAUAGGGGUUUUAGUUAUGAAUUUCCUAGUUGGACUGAACUGCUUGGUUUUACAGAUGGAGCCCACUCAAUGGAAAGUAAGAUCUGAAAUUUGCUUCAUCUCUUGCAAACAGCGAAAUUUGAUUUGAACUUUGAAACUAUUGCAACAUGUCCAUUGUGUUUGCAUGAGGUUUAUUUUGUUAUUCCUUCAUCAACCAUACUGCAGUUGGUGAUUAGUGUAACUGUAAAUAUAUUUGUAGGCCUAGGUAAAAGCUUUAAAAUCAGUUGUGAUUUAUUUGAAUUUGUUAGAACCUGCUUGAUGACCGUCUGAAGCAUCCUAACAGUGCUGUGGUGAUGGCCUGUAUUCAACUUUUUAUCCAUCUGACAAAGGAUAUGAAAGAGUUAACUGAACAUGUGUACAAGAGAAUUAAAGGUCUAUUCUUUAGUUGGUAAACAAAAUAGUUAAUCAUGUAUGGUUACAGAGUGUUCAUCAAAUUAAGAUAUAAAAAAGGGUAGGUCAAUAGUGUAGACUAAGAGAAGUUUUUCCACAUCCGAUCAAUGACAAAUAGCUGAGCCCACUGAAAAUUAGCUGGAGAACUCUGUGCAGUAGCUGGAGAGUCUCAGAUUUUGGAUGGCUGCAGAAGACUCUUUUUCUGUUUGUGAGUUUUAGCCAUUUAGACACAGCUGUGAAUGCUGUCAAAAAUAAUGGGUGAAGGCAUCUACCGGGUUAAUGCAAAAUAAUAUGUUAAAAUUACUCUUUUACAGGUCCCCUUAUGGCAAUUGUCUCUUCAAGUAAUGCCGAGUUGGUGUAUGUGUGUCUAUGUUGCAUUGAACUUCUGCUGACUGAAAUUCCAAAAUUAUUUGAUCAAGAAUAUCGCUCCUUCUUCUCCAGGUAAUUCUCAAAGCAAAUGCAAGUUGUUAAUAAUCAUGGUAUUUCAUUAUUAUUGACAGUGAAAUAUUUUUUUCUUGGUUUGUUCAUUAGGCACACUGAUCCAUUGUAUAUUAAAACCAAAAAGCUUGAGAUCCUUACUACUAUUGCAUCUGACUCUAAUGUUGAAGAAGUUGUUUCUGAGUUAAGGUAAGUGAUAUGUACAGAGUUCAAAUUACAAGAGCUAAGGGCUGUGUUUUUCCUAGUAAAAAGAAAACUAGGAGCAUAGUCAGGAAAUUUGAAAGGGAAAAUCACAGUCACAAAUUUCUGUAUACCAUUCAUUAUCCGUGCAGCCCGUGGCUUAACCUUUGCAAGUGUAUUAAACCUUUAACCACUACGAGAGACUAGCAUCUAAUUUCCUCUUACAAUAUAACCCCUGAAUCACACAUUUAGGUCAGGAGAAAAAAGGAAGUGAUCACCAGUGUAAGGCUCUCUUGACUGUGAAACUAAUUCUCCUUGUCAGCACUUUAGGAAAUGUAAAGAGAAUAGUAUGGAGAAUAUGCAUAUUGAUGUAAGGGUGUAAAGGGUUAAGUGUUUGAAUCUCUGUGCUUUGAUAGUGUUUGAACUGUUGUAAAAGAUGUGACAUAUGUUCAUCAUGGUUGUGAUGAUUAAUGAAUGAUUAAUCAUAUGUCAUGUGAUUUAGAGACUCACUAUCAAUUGUAGAGUCGAGCAACACUGUAUCAAUUAGGGAUCAAGAAAUUCCAAUGAAGACUAGAAUUUUAGCAGGUGAAGGGUAUCUUUGACAAUGAUUCUUGUCAAAGUGGGACUAACAAUUGAAGUUUCAUAUAAUUAUCUGUAUUUAGUCUACCAAUAUUUAAUUUAAUGUAGUAACAAAAUUCUCUUAAAUCUAUACAGUGCUCAUGUUCAUGACGUAGACAUAAACAUUUCUAAGAAAUCAAUCAAAGCUAUUGGUGAGAUCACCAUGUGUCUUCCUGAGGCAUCAGAAUACUGCAUCAGUGUAUUACUCACAUUCCUCUCCUGGGACAUUGAGUACAUUACUUCACAGACUCUAGUUGUUAUAAGAGGUAAGUGAAUCAGUUAACUAAGGGAAGACAUUCCUUAUCCUUAGCCUUACAUGGCAUUUACUCAAGGUCUGUGUUACUUUUCAGUCAGAAUCAUUUGCUUGUAUCAUUAACAGACUUGCUGUUGAAGUAUGAGAAGUCAGCCAUUGCUGUUUUGCCUGAGAUAGCAGAAUGUCUAGAAGUAGUUCAGGACUCUAAGGGAUUAUCAGCUAUCAUUUGGAUUUUAGGAGAGUAUGGAGAGGUAUGAUCAGAUUUAGAACCAGCAGACUUGAUUUUUACAUACAUUAUUUAGAACUUAUUUUCACAAACAGGAGCACAAUAGAGGAGAAAAGGAGGAAAGAUUCCUACAGGUUUAUCCUUUUUAAUGCACUUUAUUUUGUCUCACUCUGCCACUGCUAGAUGGGUUGCUCUUCAGGAACAUGGUUUCACCUGUAACUGACAUAUUUCUUCUCCUUGUCACUCUUCUACUCAAAAGAGAAAUUCUCCAUUGGUCACUUUUGGAUGUAAGACAAUGAAAGUUAUGUUGUGUAAUAGAUGUUUCUAGAAAGUGGUUGUAUGAAGUCAUCUUAGAUAAAAUCUUUCUGUGUGUGCUACUUCUUAAUCAUUGAGGUAAUUUGGAAAGCAGCCUCAGAAAAUGUGUCAAGAAUUAUGUAGAAAUUGGUUAUAAAUUUAAUUAGGUGAUAUGUUGUUCUCAUUGGCAGUCAAUUCCAGACAGUCCAUAUAUGUUAGAACCUCUGGUGGACAAAAUUGAGUCAGAGCAAUCUGCUGAGGUGAAGUUACAGCUACUUACUGCAACAAUGAAACUGUUUUUCAAGAAACCUCCUGAAUGUCAAGAUAUGCUGGGUCGAUUACUUAAGUUCUGUGUAGGUGAGUGUUCCAUUCUCUUAUCGUCUUAACCCUUUAACUCCCAUAACUGACCAAGACAGAAUUUCUCCUUACAGUAUCAAUACAAUAUCAACCAUAUAAGUGAUAAGAAUAAAGAAAAAUAUCCAUUUGGGGAUAAUGAGUUGAUCCAAUACCAAAUUCUCUGAACUAAUGUUAUAAGAAUUGUAUGGUUGACAGUAAGGAGAAUUACUAUUUUGUCUGGGAUUUAAAGGGUUAAACAAAAGAAAACUAAGGGUCUGUAGCUAAAGGAGUGAGAACUUUGUUUAAAACCUUGUUUUGAAGACACUGUUAGAGAGAAUUGAUGAUGUCUGUGGGGGUUAACUGUGAUAGAAUAACAUCUGAAAUAAAAGCUGUACUCCUUGUUGAUUUUAUCAACAAAAACUGGGAAAAGCCCUUGCAGUAAAGGUCUCUAAGCUAUUGUUAUUUAGAUAAACUGAUUCAACGUGUCUGUUUUGGUUCAGUACCCUGUUCUUUGCAGAUGAGGAAACUCACAUGGAUGUUCAUGACAGAGCUCUGUUAUACUACAGACUUCUUAAAACUAAUGCAAAGGAGGUAAUGGUAACAACAAGUCAAUUAUUUAUUUCACAAAAUUCAAACUCAACUUACAGUUAAUUCAAGUCACUCAUUCAUUGAUUGUGCUGUUCUUUCUUUAGGCUGAAAGGGUAGUUUGUGGGUCAGAUUCCAAACCAGUCACUAAUCCAUGGAAUGUAAUUACCAGCACCCAAAAUUCCAAGGUAUAAACUAAUAUAUAUAUAAUUAUAUAUAUUUAUAUCACAUGAAGUGUACAAUUCAAGCAUUUUCAAGUCUGAAUAAAACUGUACCUUAGAGCCACCAUAUCAUACAUUUAAUUAAUACAUGUUCCUCUUUUGGUAGGAUUCCCUCUUAAAAGAAUUUAACACUCUGUCAGUUAUAUAUGGGCAACCAUCUGCUCACUUCAUCAGCCAAACUAUACCUUACAUAAAGGGAAUUCCAUACACAGAGAAGGAACCAGGUAUAUAUGGAGACAUUUCUACCAGUAUAAUUAAUUUUAUCUUAAAAAAAAAAAAUCUUAAAAAAUAAUAAAUUACAAAGCAACAUUUUAUAUUUUCAUCCACCAGAAGAAGAGGAAAUGCACAAUUAUAUGGAAGAAGUAGAAGCAAAAGCACCAGAUUUAACUCCUUCUGAUCCCCAUGUUGUUGUUGGCAAUCUGUUGGUAAAUCAGGUUUUUUACAACUGUUGAAAUGAUAAUGUUGGCUUUUGUUUGCCCUGAAAACAAAGAGCUAAGCCAGGUCUUCUUAUGCUGAUUUAUAGGGAGGUGGUUUAAGUGAACAUCAUGAUGAGGAUAAAGAAGAGGAAGUGGAAAUACUUGAGUUGAAUGAUCACCCUGAUUUGACACCUGCUCAGUUUGAGCAAAAAUGGAAAACUCUUCCAGAAGGGUAAUUCAAAUGAUUGACACAGUAAUAAGAAUUAACAAGGGAGGUAGGGGCAAACAAUUGGGAAAUUGAAGGGGGGGAGGGUGGGGUGACCAUUUAAGUUUCUAAGGGGCAAAAUAAUUCUUGCAUCUCCCAAAAUCCCCACCCCUUCCCCCAACACUUUCUAACAGUCCAUCCCUUACAACUGUGUGUGUACAUGACUUGUAUGGAAGCCUUAAACAAUUAGCCAAUAGCAUUGACAAAAUGAUAUACUCUUAAAUAAAGAACAGGCUUAUAUUGGGGUCCUCUCAAUUAGAAAUGACAAGCACAGCCCUCCUGCAAGUUUGUUUUCAGUUGUAACGGUCAGCUCACCAGUCACUUAAAACCACCCUUAUUUAUAAUUCCUUUUGUUGCAAAGGAAAAGAAUGUCCAGCAAGCUGCAAAUAAAUCAUGAUAAAUAAGGGAAAUGAUAAAAUCACAAAAUGGAAGGUUUAUCAUUUGUUUGUACCAUCAGUUCCUGUUGGGAUGAACCCAUGGCUCGUGUUCCAUCCACUCCUGAGGAAUUUCAGAAACUUUUCUCCAAAAAUAAGAUUGUCCUGAUGGCCAGCAGCCCUCCAGGUCAAUCUCUACGGAGAUAUUUCUUUUAUGCACAGCAGGUAGGGAAAUACUCUAAUUAUGUACUUAACUUGGACUUUACCACUCAAGUACAGAGACUGAACUCAAGUGAGACUGAAACAGCAAACAGGUUGAGUGUUUCACAAAUUCACUUAUGUUUGCAUGAUGCAUUUGCCCACAAUUAAAUGUGAAUUUCUUCUUUCUUUUAUAACCCUUUGCAUUAUUUUGCAAGGUAAGAACAACUGUCUUCAAAGGGAGCCCUGUUUCUGGUUCCUUAGUCUAUAGUGAUGGAAGGUUAAUUCAAAAGAAAAGUGCUAACUACCUUUCUCUCCUCAGGCUUUGGGACAAAGUUUCUUCCUGGUGGAAGCUGUCAUUGAUGUAACUAACAAGCAGCUUAAUGUUGUUACCAAAGUAGAUGAUUGGUCAUUAGUUCAACAGUUUGAUGCGUAUCUCAAGACUUGCCUGGCUGGUGAAUGGUUGAAAGCCCAAUAAGGCUAUAGAAAUGAUGUUGUCAGUGAGAACAACAUGAUUAUUAAAAACCUUGGAAGUGCUUUUUAAGUAUGGAGUUCUGUGAGGUUUUUAAGAAAUUAGAAAUAUUAUUUAAUGGUAACAGGAAUUAUAAUUUAGCGGUGGACAUUCCACGUGGUGGAUCAUCUUUUCAACUGUUCCUAGGUCAAAUAUGAAUUGGAAAUGUCCAUUUUUGUGCAGUAAGGAAACUAGAAGGACCUGCAGAAAAACCCUUGGAGCAAGGAGGAGAAUCAACAACAAACUCAGCCCACAUGUGAUGCCAAGUCUAGGGAAUCAUACUCAGGCCACGGUGGUGAGAGGCGAGCAUUCUCACCACUGCACCAUUCCCAUUCCCCUGUGCCAUCUCUACUUCCCUGCACCAUUCCUACUCCCCUGUGCCAUUUCUUCUCCCUUCAAGUUCUGUGUCCUUGCCAAGUGCUUAAUUUUUUUCUACUUUUCUCCACCCAUUAUAUAAAUAAAAGAAUGAAAUUACC